AUGCAUUUCAUGGUGCGUCUUUCCACUCCACCAGCUGGGGACAAGCUCCCUGCCUCCAAUUCACUGAUCCUUAGAAACCAUGAAGGGAAGUUUAUCCGAGGCUUCAUGUACAACAUCAGAGUAGGAAGUGCGUUUACUGCAUGGGGCAUAUUAUGGGCCUUAAAACUGGCUUGGGACUGGAAUUUUAGAGAUGUAAUUAUUGAAAGUGACUGCUGCGAGGUCAUAUCGGCAGUUCGAGCUGAGACUCCCAUCGAGCACCACGAUUAUGCUGUGCUGACAGAGAUCCGUGGUUUGUUACUGCGAAGCUGGAAAGUGGAGCUCGUUCUAUGUGACAGGGAGGCCAACGCAGUUGCUGAUGCUAUUGCUAAGGAGGCCGGAACCUUGAUGCAUGAUUUGAGGAUUCUGCAGAGUCUGCCAGAUGGUGCUCGUCAUUUGAUCCAGGAGGAAGACACGAACUUAGCUUCCUUUUUGAGUUGUAGUGGGUAG